AUGGUUGAUGAGAUAGGGGCAUUGGAGUUGAACAACACUUGGCAAAUUGUGGAUAUACCUCACACCGUUAAAUCCAUUGGAUGUAAACAGGUUGACAAAAUCGAAAGGCUAUCUGAUGGAAAUGUGGAGUGUUAUAAGCACAACUUGUGGCGAAUGGAAGAUCUCUCAAAAGAUGCUUACAUGGCCAUCCUUCUUGGUGUCAAUGGCAUUCAUCAUCCCAGUAUUGCAAACAUAAAAAAUAUCUAUAUGGCUACUACCAAAGUUCUCUGCUAUUUAAAGAGUUGUCUUAGCAAAGAGUUGUUCUCCAAGCAAGAUUUUGAUGUUCAAAUACUUAGUUUUAGUGAUGCUGAUUGGGCCACUUGUGUUGACUCUUAUAAAUCUGUCACUGGUUACUAUUUCUUCCUUGUCAAUUCUCUAGUUUCUUGGAAGACAAAGAAGCAAAACACAAUCUCUCAUUCCUCCUCCAAAGUUAAGUAUCGAGCCUUUGCCACUGCCACAUGUGAGUUGCAAUGA